UUGUGGCGCUGACGUCAUAUUCCAGCGUCCCGGUCGUGUUUUCCCUCCUGUGGCUCCGUUUGGGUUUCUGCUUGUUCCUGAGUUCUUUGUUUUUCCUGCAGUUUUUCCAGAACCAGGAGGAUCCAGAGGCCAGGAUGGGACCCGUAGAGGUUCUUCAGAGCUGUUGUAGGUGAUGACGGCUCUGAGCAGGAAGAAUCUCCUGUAGCAGUCUGCGUUACAGUGAAUAUGUAGAAGCUUCUGACUGAAGACAUUGGUUCUGGUUCUGAGGAGGUUCAGGGUUAUCCAGAAAAGCUGUCUAAGAUCUCAGACUCACAAAUAACUCCUCCACAUGUCGGUUUUCUCCCAAAGCUUUUCUCCCUGCGGCCGCUUCCUGGCGGCUGGGAACAACUACGGAGAGAUCGCCCUGUUCAGCCUGUCUGCGGCUCUCAGUCCAGACGCCACGACGGCCAAUCAGAAGCCUGUUCUGACGUUCACAGCUCAUGAAGGUCCCGUCUUCAGUCUGCUCUCCACCGACUCCGUCCUGCUGAGCGCAGGGAACGGCGAGGUCAGCGCCUGGAACUGGACCGAACUCAUCAAGAAGAAUGUGAAGCCGCUGUGGACGAAGAGGCCGAACUACAAGUCCAGUCUGGAGAUUCCAGAGAUCAACUCCAUGGCCAUCAACCCUCGAGACGACAGCCUGGCGAUCGGAGCGGGGGACAACAACGUCCACAUCCUGGACCUGGAGCAUGGCGCCUUCAAGGCGACCCUGCAGGGUCACACAGACUACGUGCACUGCGUGUGCGUACGUGAGCGGGAGGCGGAGCUUCUGUCUGGCAGCGAGGACGGCGCUGUGCGGAUGUGGGACUGCAGGACGGGGCAGAGCGUUCACUGCAUCGAGGUCCAUAAGUACGAGAGCUGCGCCAGGCCUCAGCACGGGAAGUGGAUCAGCUGCCUGACCACGGACUCUGAUUGGAUGCUGUGUGGCGGCGGCCCGUCUCUGUCCCUGUGGCAUCUGCGCUCGCUGUCGCCGACCUCUGUGUUCCCGCUGAGCGGCUGCCAGCGCCGGGCCGCAUUCCACCAGGACAUGAUCCUAGCUGUGGGCGACGGUGCCUUCGUCUCCCACUGCCUUCUGGGAGGAGAGGUCAAAGGUCAGAUCCCGUGCACACCACCAAGCCUCAACACGCUGCAGCUGAACACAAAGAGCUCCGAGCACCGGGUGCUGACGGUCGGUGGCGGCAGCAGCAAGAUUGACGUCUUCACCAACCUGUCCUACAGAGCCUUCUCCCUCAGCUUCUGACCAGAACCAGAACCAGGACCAGGACAGGAUCGGAUGAGGAGUAGAACCAGGACGAACUCUAAAUAAAAUUCAGUCUUUGUUACAUUUCACUGAUUGUAACUUUCGUCACUUGCAGUCCGCUGUCACUCGUUAAUGCAUCCAGAACCUCCCCUGGGUCCUUCUGGGCCGGAACCAGAACCAGAACGCUGAUCCGUAAACAGGCCGUCGUCUUGUCGAAUUUGCUCCUUUAGGAGAUUUUAGGCAGGAAAAUAAAUUUUAAUAAAAAAUGAAAAUGAA